CGCUCCUGUGAUUUUUAAUGUGCCUUUGAAUGAGUUACAUGUGAUCUGAGGCAAAGACCUGGCACCUGUUGGCUGGUAAUCCUGUGGACUCUUCUCUUUCAAUACUACUUCCUCCUACUUUGUAUAUUCCAAGCCAGUUGUUGCGUAAGUGCAGCGUGUGACUCAGCUGACAUGAUUGACAGAUCAUGACUUGCUCUUCAAGGUGUACUUUCCGUGACCACACCUCCUGAAGCAGACGCCGUGAUAAAGCGGCUGCAAACCUGCUGCUGGUCACUUGUCAGAAGUUGCAGCAGCAGAGGAAUGGAGUCGCAGGUGACCAUCAUUACACGGACGCAGUGGGGAGCAGCUGAACCCAAGGGGAGGGAGAAACUGAAGAGUCCAGCAGGAAGAGCCAUCGUCCACCACACGGCUCUGCCGGGCUGCUCCAGUCUGGACCAGUCCAAGAAACUGGUCCAGAGCAUUCAGAGAGGACACAUGAACGACAGAGGCUUCGAUGACAUUGGAUAUAAUUUUCUGGUGGCGGCAGACGGUGUGGUGUUUGAAGGCCGUGGAUGGGGUGUGGUAGGGGCACAUACCAAGGGCAGCAAUCAGGACUCAUUGGGCAUCGCCUUCAUGGGAAAUUUCAACAAUGAGUCUCCAAACAAAGCAGCUCUGAUGUCUGUCAAACAGCUGCUCCAGUCUGGAGUGUCUCAGGGGUUUUUAUGUCCAGGCUUCACUGUCCUCGGACACAGAGAUCUGGGAAGCACUCAGUGUCCUGGAGACAAGCUUUAUGCUGCACUUCCACAGCUGAGCUGAACUUUAAAAGUAUAGCGCCACCAAGCGAAGCUUUAUAGAUGUAACACUAAAAAUACAAAAAGAUUAUCAGUGGAGAGUUUACUUUAAUAUACUUGAAAAAUGAUGCAGAGGUUGAGAUCCAGCUCCAGACAUGAAGUUGUGAUAAGAUCGUUAGCAGAGGUGUAAGGAGGUCAGAUAUUAGUCAACGACUCCUGGGGUCACGUAACAAGGCUUAUUUUGUCAGACCGAAGGGGCGACCUAUUUGAAGUCCUGCAGUCAAAGUCCAAUAUACUUUCUAAUUUAAUUGGUCUUUUUUUUUUUCUUUUUUUUAACUUUGUGUUUUGUGUCUGGAGCUGAUUAUUGACAACACUUUAAACAAAAUAAACUGAAUUGUGUCUUUAACACUACAUUAACUUUACAUUAUGAAAGUGAAUUUAGAAAUCACUCAAAGUUGCUUUAUGUUAUGACGAAUAUGUUUUAUAACCUUCCGUGAAAUUUAAGGAAUGUUUUUGUCAAUAAAUACCAAUUAUCUGUCGUA